GCCGCCAGUCGGCAGACGGCAGACGUAGGCGCCCGCCGGCGACGCAGACACCGCAGCGCGCCGCCACGCACCACGCCCAGCAGCCGCUGGAUGGAGACGUGAGGAUGCCAGCAGACAAGAUGUUCCCCGGGCUGGUGCUGCCGCCAAAGGCCCUGGAAGCCGACGGGGACAUCGCGGUCGGCAAGGCGGCCGUCGUCAAACACGCGCCUCUGGCCGCCUGCGAGGACGACGACACCGGGAAGGUGUGCAGCGCUCUACCCCCUCCGCCCCCACAGCCGCCGCCACCGCAGUUGCCGCCAGAGUGGCAGCGCCGCGCCCAGGAGGAACUCAACGAGCGCCCAGACACCUUACGCCAGGACAUAGACACCUUCCGCAGCAUGGUCGUCGCUGAAAAAAAUCUCCACGUUCGCACAGACGACGACUUCCUACUGAGGUUCCUGAGGGCCAGGAAGUUUAACUGCGCCAAGGCCUUCCACAUGUUGCAGCGGUACUACGUGAUGAAGCUGCGCUGCCCGGAGCUGUUCCGCGUGCCGCGGCCCUCGGAGAAGAGGCACAUCCUCGAGAUGCAGGUGCAGAACAUGCUGGACGACCGCGACGGCUACGGCCGCAGAGUCUACAUCUUCAGGGUCGAGCGAUGCGACGCAGCACAGGUGAGCAUAGAAGACAUCUUCCGCACGAACGUGCUGGCUUUGGAGCAGAUCGUCCAGGAGCCAGAGACACAGGUGGCUGGCCUCACCGUGCUGGUCGAUAUGAACGGCUUCGGCCUGCAGCACGCCAAGUUCCUCUCGCCCUACUACGCACGGCGCACUGUCGAGGUCAUACAGGAAACAUUUCCACUACGUUUCAAAGGAUUCCAUGUCAUAAACCAGCCAUUCUACUUUGAUGCAGUAUUUGCAGUUCUGAAACCUUUCCUCAAAGACAAGAUACGGAGAAGGAUUUACUUGCAUGGACGCGAUCUAAAUUCACUCCAUGCUUUCAUUAGUCCUGAUAUCCUGCCACAAGAAUAUGGUGGUCAAAAACCACCAUUUGAUAAUCAAGCAUGGAGAAUGAAGCUAUUGGCAAAUGAAGAUAAGUUUGUUGAAUUGGAGACUUACGGUUACAAGGUGGAUGAAUUACCAGUACCUGAAGAGGAUGAUUUUGACAGUUAAUGAUGCAUGCCUUCUAGUUAUUUUAAAUAAAGAUUUGUUGUUUACAAAACAGGAGCUGCACUUUGCUUUUAUACCAUAUAGUGCUAUGCCUGUAUGGUUUUUGCAUGUACAGUAAAUACCAUUCUCACUGCAGGUAUAAACACCACAAGUGUGUAUAUUUUAUUCUGUACUAUAAAAGAAUGAACACUAUAUCUAAUAAUUCCCAGUGGCAUAGUAUUGUGAUGGCUGAGUAUAGUCUUCAUUCUGACCAAUUAACUAUUAGUCAUAUGUGCCAUAAAAAGUAUUAGAAAGUGAACACAAAGUGAGGAUGCAGUGGUGGAAUGAAAAUUAUGUAAAACGGGUUUUUUUUUUGUUGCUAAUGAUUAAAGGAAUGGACAACAUUUCUGCAAGUAUUUUUUUAACUCAGAAAAGAGGACAACAAAAGAUAAGCCAGAAAAAAGAUAGACUCAUAUUUGAAAAGAAAUUCCUGUUGGACGGAAAAGGACGUCAAAGAUUAGGGAAUGUGCUAUAUUUAAAGCCCACAAAGUUACCUUCCUGUUAAAAUAUCUUCAUGUGUUGCUUUUAUUGAUCACCUUUUAUUUCUACUUCUUUAAAACAUCUCUCAGUUCUAAGUGUCUUCUCCCUUUUAUUACACCUUCUAUUUAUUUUGUCUAGUACAAGUGUUGUCUGUACUUCCAUGUGUUUAUUCCCAUUGAUCAGUAGCUUCUUUUCUUUAUUUCUACUUUUUUUUCAACUCCUAACAAUAUUUAUUACAAUCUAGUUAGAGUCAAGGGAUAUUUCAGAGAAAUUUGUUUUUUUCAAAUCCUAAGGUUCAUAUGUCCAUAACUUACCAUUAUAUCAGAAAAAUUAUAUGGAAAUAAGUGCCAUAUUUGGUAAUCUAGUUUACCAGUCCUAUGUUACAGAGAUAUGUAAUUGUCAAGUUAUUUCUGCAAAACUUCAACACUAAGAAAUUUAAGUUGAUAAAGAUCAAACAAUGAAAACACCAGGAUGAAAUAUCAACAAUAUAAGGAAAAUUAUAGAUUGCUUCUCACUCACUAUAAAUAUGACACAUUGAGUUGCAGACAGGCAGAUGAAAAGACUGUUAUAUGUGUAGCUUUCAGCCAAUGCCUUCUUUAGAAAAAAGACACACAACAUUCACUCACAUCAGCAACCACACCUCACCACCCAUGACAACCAUCUCUGGCAGCUUGGAUCAGAGCUGCUGCAGACAGUGGUCAUGUGUGUGAGAUGUGCUUACUUGUAUAUUUUCUUUUCUGGAGAAGGCUCUGGCCAAAAGCUAAAUGUGUAACUGUCUGUUUGUUGUGACUGUCUGCAACUCAAGUUAAUGAAAGUCUUAUUUAUUGUCAAAACCUGACAGGAAUCAAAAAACAUUAAUUGCAGACCUUGCAUUUAUGGAUGACUGGUAACUACAUUUUACUGUUUUACAAAACUUGAUUAUUACAAAUGUUCUGACUAGUUGUACUACAAAGCCAAAGAAAAUGGGUAUGCAUUUGUUCCCAUGACCUAAAAGGAAUAUGAAUAUUUGUACUCAUUAUACUGUGUUGGAAAGACACAUAGACCAAUUGGACCUUUUGAGCCAUCAGUGCAGUUCUUUAUACAGCAUUUCCUCAUCAGCAUUCCUUUCACCCCAAACAGAGAAUUACAUGCUACAAUUCACAGAGAUGUAAAAUCCAUUUAAUAUAAGCGGCUUAUGAUUUACUGCAUCUUUUUUGAGAUGAGAACUAUGAGUUCUUUUAUCUAUCUGUUGUUUAUUCGCUGUUAGGUAACUGCAGCCAACAAGAAAACUAAAAUUACAGUUCUCUUCCUCAAACAGAAUGUUAUUCCUACACUUAUUUUCAACUCGAAAUUGUAUUAAAAUUUACAAAAAAUAUUAUUUCAUAUUAACCUUUGUUAAUCAGUGAACUAUAAGUAUCACUUCACAUUAAUGUGUAACAUGAGGUACAAAAAAAUCUCCAUCAUAUAGCAGAGUAUAUGUUGUACUAAUAUCUGUAAGUAGACUCCUAUAUAAGCUUGAAUAAUAACUCUUCCAUUUGUGUGUUAUAUUCAUCUAGUUGGUGGUUUUUGUUCUCAGUGUGCUAUUAAAAUGUGCUUGCAUUUCCUAAAUCAAAGAAAUAUAAAAUAUAUGUGGUAAUAAUUGUUGUACAUGUAACUUUAACAGAAUAGCUGUCCAAGCUAUAUACAGUGACACUACAGUAUUUUUGGACUUGUUAUUUUUACUCUGUGUGUAUUUGUAAUAUGUAUAUAAAUGCUGUAUAUUGUAAUUUAGGUUAAAGUUAUGGGUGCUGGAUUAAGAAAGAAACUCACUUUUAUAAUAUAUGGCUGCAUCAAUGCUUACUGUGAGCUUGUGAAAUGCUUAGCAUAUGACAGCUAUUGUUUAUAUUUGUAGGAAGUUAAAUAGCAAUGUCUCACAACAAACUCAUCUAACUGAUAAAUGGAUGAAGAGCUGUGACUCAAACAUUCCUAGUUAAUAUUCUUAAGUGCUUUGGAAUGUCAAAUGUCUGUGAUGCAACUGUGGUAUUGACCACAAAUUUCAAUGUAAAAUAUUUACUCACUUAAGUGUAUGUGAUAACUACAUAUGAAAGCAUGGUUUCAGCAUUGAUAUAACGCACAUAACAUAUAACCAAUACUGUGUUUCAAACUCUUGUCAGUAAUAUUAGUCUCUGUCUUCUAGAAAGAUCUAAACACGUCUUUCUCCUGCUGACUCGCUUACUUUUUAUACUUCAUAUGAGUAUUCACUAUACUUUCAUUCAUUCUAUGAGACUCUGACAUCAUGUAACCUUCCGUUGCAGUUGGUUUUAUAAGCUAACAAUAUUAUUUUUGUAUAUAGACAUCACUUUAAUACUGUUCAUAUGAA